AUGGGUGUGAAAGACCGCUUUAACGCUAUCUUGCGGCCCCUUCAAUUCAUUUGGCUAUCUAUUCAACUACACUUCCACACGUUGAAAGAAGCCAUUCGUAAAGAUGGACUCGCCACACUGAAAUAUCCUCGUCGAAUUCACAAUAUCGCUACAGCGGAUCUAUUUCUUAAAAACUCGGGCGGCUUCAUCGCUUAUGAAGAUACGACCUGUGUCCCCUCACUUGUUAGCUCCGCACAAGGCAAUAUUCUUGAACUUGGCCCCGGACCAGGUAAUCAACUCCACCGCUUCGAUCUAUCUCUUGUGGAAUUUAUCUAUGCCGUCGACCCUAAUCCUUGCUAUGGUGACGAGAUCGCCGCAAAGACCAAAAAGCUUGGUCUUCAGGAUAAGUACAAGCUUCUUGAAUGUGGCGUUGAAGAUAGCGAUAUCUUGUUAGAAGAGGGGAUUGAAGAGGGCAGUCUUGAUACUAUACUGAGUAUUCAGGUAUUAUGCGCCGUGGGAGAUGUCAAAGGCGUGAUGAAGGCAGUAUGGAAGUUGUUGAAACCGGGUGGUAGCUUUAUUUUCUGGGAGCAUGAAAAGAACAAGGACAGACUUACGGCCGUGUCCCAAGCUUGCUUGAACCCUGCAUGGAGCACAUUUAUUGGCUGUCAGCUGACUCGGGAAAUCCUGCCGGAUAUACUUGCAGCUGGGGAAUGGGAGAAUCCCGAUGAAGUUGUAGUAGCCGAUGAACAAUUUAGUCCUCUGCCUAGGGUCUGGGGCGUGCUUAAAAAGAAGGCUUGA